AGAAUUAUUGAAAAGCGAUUCUGCAAUUGUAUAGGUUAUGAAGGUUUCAAAAAAAGACUUUCCGAAUAUACAAAUUUCGAACUUAAGUUAGUUUAUCGUAAAGCAACUAACCGAGGAAAUUACGGAAUACCAAAG